UGGCCUCCUCAUUGGACUGAGUACUGAUCGUCCUCUUGUUCUUCAAACAGCUCACGACGAAACCAUUAUUGGCUACAUAAUCGUCAAUGGUCGAGGACAACGACAAACUCGUAUAUCAGUCGAAAUUCCGAUUUAUAGUCGUUAAUCUUGAAACGGCGGCAUAGUCAUGUCACAAGCGCGAGUCUACGCGGACGUCAAUGUUCACCGCCCUAGAGAUUAUUGGGAUUACGAGGCUCUCGCCGUUCAAUGGGGCGAUCAAGAUGACUACGAGGUUGUUCGAAAAGUUGGGAGGGGAAAAUAUAGUGAGGUUUUUGAAGGUGUGAACGUCACCAACAAUGAAAGAUGCAUCAUCAAGAUCCUUAAACCUGUCAAAAAGAAGAAGAUAAAAAGGGAGAUAAAAAUACUUCAGAAUCUUUGUGGAGGCCCGAAUAUUGUGAAACUGCUUGAUAUUGUCAGAGAUCAGCACUCAAAAACUCCUAGCUUGAUUUUUGAAUAUGUGAACAGUACAGAUUUCAAAGUCUUGUACCCCACAUUGACGGAUUAUGACAUACGCUACUACAUAUAUGAGCUUCUCAAGGCAUUGGAUUAUUGUCAUUCACAAGGCAUAAUGCAUAGAGAUGUCAAGCCACACAAUGUUAUGAUUGACCAUGAGCUGCGAAAACUUCGCUUGAUUGAUUGGGGUCUUGCUGAGUUCUAUCAUCCUGGAAAAGAAUAUAAUGUCCGAGUGGCUUCAAGAUACUUUAAAGGGCCUGAACUCCUUGUGGAUUUGCAAGACUAUGAUUAUUCUCUGGACAUGUGGAGCCUGGGUUGUAUGUUUGCAGGAAUGAUAUUUCGGAAGGAGCCAUUCUUCUAUGGUCACGACAACAACGAUCAGCUUGUCAAAAUCGCCAAGGUUCUUGGGACAGAUGAGUUGAAUGCAUAUUUGCACAAAUAUCAUCUGGAGCUGGAUCCUCAACUUGAUGCUCUUGUUGGAAGGCACAGCAGGAAGCCUUGGUCCAGAUUUAUUAAUGCAGACAAUCAGCAUCUGGUUUCCCCAGAGGCCAUUGAUUUUCUUGAUAAGCUGCUUCGCUAUGAUCAUCAAGACAGGCUUACAGCAAAAGAAGCAAUGGCACAUCCAUAUUUCUUCCAAGUGAAGGCUGCUGAAAAUAGCAGGAUGCGGACACAGUAACUUUGGCCUUUUUCAAUUUCCUUAUCCAUACGUGAUCUUGCGUAAUAUGGUUUCAAGUGCCUGUUUGUAGAACCUGUGAACUUGCUGCUGUGCAACAGACCUUCCUAAAUGACUUUUGGUUUAACUAAGAUAAAAAAUUACCAUAGUUUUAAUAUUUGUUGGGGUCUACAAUCAAUUCAAAUGGCAUAGGUUAGAAAAUAGGGUUAAUAAAUUAUGUCUCUAUAGCAUUGNU